AUGGCCCACACCUUCUACGACGGAACCAUCCCGGUGGUCCAAUCCAUCCUCAACUCCCUAUCCCACAUCCUCCAGCAGGCCUCGCAACAGCCCAAUGCCAACAUUCUCCUCGCAGCCCGUCUCCACGAGGACAUGUACCCACUAACCGACCAAGUGCGCAUCACGACCCAGUUCGCCGCGAACCUGGUCGCAAGACUGACCGGCCAGUCGCCGGUGUCGUUCGAAGGCAGUCCCGCGACAUAUGUCGAGUGCCACGAGCGCAUUGAGACGGUGCUGAAGGCGCUCAAGGAUGCCGACAAGGAGGUCGUCAACCAGCACGCCGACGUCGUGGCGUCGACCCCCAUGGGCCCUGAGACGGCGGUUGAGAUGUCCGCCGCUGCGUAUGCUCAUCGCAUUGCCUUGCCCAAUAUCUAUUUUCAUCUUACGACUGCGUAUGGAAUCCUGAGGAAGGAGGGCGUGCCGCUGGAGCGUGAGAGCGAUUGA